AUGGGGCUCCUUGAUGUUCCUACUGAGACUCUCGCCCAGUGCACCGCCUAUCUAGAUAAAGAAAGCGAUAUCUAUGCUUUAGCUCGAGUCUGUACCAGGCUCCACGAUGUUGCCAUCAACAUUCUUUACGAUUUUAAUAUUCAAAAUCACAAUUCCAGGGCUCUUUUCUGGGCCGCAAAGCAUGGACAUGAAAAUUUAGCCCGAAAGAUACUGAGUCGAAUUCCCAAUCCCAAUUCGGUGACCAACUAUACGGACCGGCAUGACCAAUGGAAGGAUCCGGGCUUGAAUAUAGUCGGCGAUUUUACACCUCUCCAUAUUGCAGCCUCCGAAGGCCAUGUACCCGUCGUAAAGCUACUUUCGAAUUCCGGAACAUGCCCUCAUUGCCAAUUUGAGGUGCUGGACGAACAAUAUUUCCCUUAUAAGUCUGAUCAACAUAAGCCAUACAUCUACUCCACGCCACUUCAUUUAGCCUCCAAGGAUGGCGACGUCGCAAUUGUGAAGCUAUUGCUCCAAAUUAAAGCAGAACCUGAAGUCAGAACUUUAGGUGGAGCAGCGCCACUCUAUCACGCAGUUGGUGCGAAGAAUGAGCGAGUAGUACGAUUGAUCGCGAGACGGGUCACAAAUGUUGGAAGCAAGUUUGUACAUUCAGGUCACUAUGUCACUCCCCUGCAUCUUGCAUGCAUGAAUCUCCGGUGGGAUUCCGCACGUUAUUUCUUAGAACGUGGCGCGGAUGUCAACCAAAUUGACAACAAUGGCAAUACGCCUUUGCAAAAUACAUUCAACUCUACGACUCAUGUAGAUGAUCCCAAAGGCCUCUAUAUGACAGUCAAAAUCCUACUGCAAUUUGGGGCUGAUCCGAAACUGGGGAAUUGUGGCGUCUGUUGGAUUGGAGUCAAUCACCACCUUGACUCAAUUAGGACACUUUUCAAGGACUACGCAAAAGAAUAUACUCAAAAACCAAAAGAACCCCCAGUGCAGAUUGGUCGUGGCUGGAUGACGGCACCAGAAAUACCGAAACUCCCGGACAUCGAAAUUGAAGAAUUGUGCAAUCCCAGGCCCAUCCCUCAAAUGCUUUCGCUUUUCGACGGAAACGAAUUUCCACCCCUGGGUGCCUAG